GGUAAUUUACAUGUAAUUCAAGUCUUCUAUUUCCAACAUCGCAACUUCACAACUUCACCAACUUCACCAACUUCGACUCUGUGGAGACUAAGUAAAACAUUUGACCCAGUAUUGUCCUGAAAUACCAAAAAUUUUGCCUACCUAUUCAUUCAAAGAGCUAAAAACCUGUGGACCCUUUAAACAUGCCCGUAAAAGAACACGAGUUGAAAGCUGAUGCCAUCGACCGCUUCUGUUCUCAGUACGUUCAAUUAGAAAAAGAUCUUGACUAUCCUUCACCUGCACUCCUGCGAGAUGCAGAUAUUCAAGACACUAUAUACCGCCGCAUCUUUGCCGAUGACGCUCUUGCUUAUCCCCCUCCUCGGAGGUAUCAGCUACGGGUCCUUAAGGAGCUCACGUCGAGGAUCGAAGCGAGUAUCGAAGACUGGGAUCGUCACGGGGUUUCGGACGACUUGAUGAAUACGCUCUCUUGUCUCCUAGCACACCCGUUACCUUCCGAGACCACUGCUGCUCAGCAGAAAUCAUAUGUGACGUAUAGUCUAUCUCUACUUGAUGGUCGUGAUAAUGUUGCCCAAACUCCAGCUCAGAUCACACUACUCGAGUCGCGCAAUCUCAUCUCUGCCUCGGGGACCACUGGCUUGCGUACUUGGGAAGCCUCCCUUCACCUGGGGCAAUUUCUCUGCGCAAACCCGUCCCUUAUUCGAGGGAGGCGAGUUUUAGAGUUGGGAUCAGGGACCGGAUACCUAUCCGUGCUGUGUGCUAGAUUUCUUACUUCUACUCUAACUAUUGCCUCGGACGGCUCUGAUGAGGUUGUGGCAACCCUUCCCGAGAACUUCUUUUUAAACGGCCUCCAAGACUCAAAGCAAAUCCGGGCAAUGGAUAUUAAAUGGGGUCACGCUCUUGUGGGAACAGAAGACCAAUACUGGAACGGCGGCAUGCCCAUCGAUGUGGUCCUUGGCGCGGAUAUAACCUAUGACAAGAGCGUCAUCCCGGCUCUCGUUGGAACAUUAGAAGAAUUGGCGGGUAUGUUUCCGCAUGUUACAAUUCUCAUUGCCGCUACCGAAAGGAAUCAAGACACAUUCAAAGCCUUCCUUGACGUCUGCCAAGAGAGAUGUUUCAACGUCGAAGAAGUUGAUUUUAAGCUUCCAUGCAGACAAGACCAACGAGGUCCAUUUUACAGCGACCAAGUGCCUAUUAAGAUAUGCAGAAUACAAAAGUGCUCGAGUUCUUGAAACUCGAUGCUACGUAAUUCCUCGCUUUACCAUAUACCUCGCAUAAUGCCUUACAUACUCCUAGUGAUAAUCACACUUCCCGAUUACCUAUCUAUACUACAUUUAUCUAGUUCUAGGACAACAAUAUAGAUAAAGGGGCUAAAGAAGACUCUCGUAAGACUUCUAUAACUAAGAACACUCAGUUCAAUAUUAUCAAUGCAAACAUCUAAGUACCAG